GGUGACGUAUAAUCUAGUGGACGGUUCUUCAUAAACAGCUCGUCAACCAUCUCGGUAGCUUGCCAGCCAACAUAGCCGGAAGAUUCAAGCUAUUUAGACGCUUUCGGUGUAUAUUAGCUUCUGUGUUUUAGACACGCUUCUGUCUUAUUUACUUGUUAACCUAUUUAAUAUUACGUUUUUAUUAGUAAGCUAUAGUAGCUGGCUGGUUAAGUUAGCACUAGCCUAGUCGCUCAUGAUAGCUAGCUAGCUAACAUCCCCGAACAUGAGCUCCCUAAAAUACUCCCCCCCUGUUAAAGAAGAGGUCUGCUGGACGGAGAAAGAAGCUCUGGGGCUGAACAUUGUCGUGAAAGAAGAGAAGGAAGAGGAGGAUGUCACAGUAAAACAAGAAGUAGAGGGUGAGGCUGUUACCGUGAAAGAAGAAGAGGAAGACUCGUUCAGAGUGAAAGAGGAGGAGGAUGUUACAGGUAAAGAAGAGGAGGAUGCAGUUUUUGGAGUGAAGAAGGAAGGAGAGAUUACUGUCACACUGAAAGAUGAAGAGGUGGAAAUCAGAGAUCUGAGUAACACCAGAGAGAGACCAGACUCUCACUAUGACAGCAGGAAGAGUCCUUCAGGGGAACCAGAUCCAGAGAUGCCCAAACCAGCGAGAUAACACCACUGCUCCCACUGUGAAAAGAGUUUUCGCUGGUUAGGGAACCUAAAACUGCAUGAGAGGACACACAGGAGAAAAGCCUUUACAAUGUUCCCAGUGUGGAAAGAGUUUUACCCUGUUAGCUAACCUGAAAAGGCGUGAGAGUAUACACACAGGAGAAGAGCCUUACCACUGCUUCCAGUGUAGAAAGAGUUUUACCGUGUUAGCUACCCUGAAAAGGCAUGAGAGAAUACACACAGAAGAAAAGCCGGGCACUGAAGAUGUGGAUGUCGAUUUAAGGCAGCCCCCCGCACCUCUCUGAUUCAGAGUGGUUGGGUUAAAUUCAGAAGACACAUUUCAGUUGAAUACAUUCAGUUGUACAACUGACUAGGUAUCCCCCUUUCCCGUUCCCCUUUAUGGAGCUCUGCUCAGCCUAUAAACAUGAAAGUAAGGUUAGAUUUAAUGUUCUACAUUAUUAUUAUUAGGGGCGGCCACCAAGUUGUGAAAAUUAUGGUAUGUUCUGAAAACUGACUUCAGGUUUUUGAGGAAUCUAGCCUCACAGGAAGACAGUUUUAUUUUAUGGAGGUUUAAUUCCGUUCUCUUUUUAGUAUUUAACUAAAUACUCUGUCUUUGGUAGGACAGGGACCAGACUUCUCACUGUUCCCACUGGAAUGAGUUCUAUUCAGUUAGGGAGCCGGAAGGAGCAUAAGAGGAAACACACGAUAAAAGUCCAACCACUGCUCUCUCUCUGUGUGGAAGGACAUUUUCCCAGUCAGAGAACCUGAAAUUAUAUGAGAAAAUAGAAAAGCUGUAUUCUGACUAAUAUUUUUGACUGAGAAUUUGUGUUUUUGUUUAUGCCACACGAAAACAUAUUGUUUAUGAUUAUACCUGUCCAUAUAUGGUGCUACAGUUGACAAUGCAUGUCAGAGCAAAUUCCAAGCCAUGAGGUCGAAGAAAUUGUCCAUAGAGCUCCGAGACAGGAUUGUGUUGAAGCACAGAUAGGGGAAGGGUACCAAAAAAUAUCUGCAGCAUUGAAGAUCCCCAAGAGCACAUUCUUAAAUGGAAGAAGUUUGGAACCACCAAGACUCUUCCUAGAGCUGGCCGCCCGGCCAAACUGAGCAGUAAGGGGAGAAGGACCCGAUGUUCACUCUGACAGAGUUCCAGAGUUCCUCUGUGGAGAUGGGAGAACCUUCCAGAAGGACAAUCAUCUCAUGCAGCACUCAACCAAUCAGGCCUUUAUGGUUGAGUGGCCAGACGGAGGCCACUCCUCAGUAAAAGGCACAUGACAGCCUGCUUGGAGUUUGACAAAAGGUACCUAAAGGACUCUCAGACCAUGAGAAACAAGAUUCUGUGGUCUGAUUAAACCAAGAUUGAACUCUUUGGCCUGACUGCCAAGCGGCUGCCCUGACUGCCAAGCGGCUAGCCUGGCGUAAAGCGUGGUGGUGGCGGCAGCAUCAUGCUGUGGAGAUGUUUUUCAGCUGCAGGGACUGGGAGACUAGUCCGGAUCGAGGGAAAGAUGAACAGAGUGCAGAGAGAUACUUGAUGAAAACCUGCUACAGAGAGCUCAGGACCUCAGACUGGGGCGAAGGUUCACCUACCAAAAGGACAAUGACCCAAAGCUCGCAGCCAAGACAGCUCAGGAGUGACUUCGGGACAAGUCUCUGAAUAUCCUUGAGUGGCCCAGCCAGAGCCCGGACUUGAACUCGAUCAAACGUCUCUGGAGAGACCUGAAAUUGGCUGUGUAGCAAAGCUCCCCAUCCAGCCUAACAGGGCUUGAGAGGAUCUGCAGAGAAUAAUUGGAGAAACUCUCCAAAUACAGGUGUGCCAAGCUUGUAGUGUCAUACCCAAGAAGGCUGGAGGCUGUAAUCGCUGCCAAAGGUGUUUCAACAAAGAGAGAGACGUGGCUAUCAUGGAUCCUCUGGGGAGCCUCAACAACAACAUCAUGAUGCUGACGAGGCAGAGAAGAGUCUUUCCACAUCAGAAUUCC